GGGCCGUAAAGUCACGUGUUGAGGCUUUAGGCGUCUCCUGAAGGGGGGCGCUUCCUGUCACAGCCGCGCCGGGCUGGCGCCGCGGAAUCCCUGGGCGGUGCCGGGCUGGAGAAGGCCGGGUUUGGUCUCGGAUCCGCCGCGAGAUAGGCUGCAAAGAUGCCAAAACCUCGCAAGGACCCGCAGGCCAGUGGCCAGGGUGUGGCAGCUGCCAAGCAGCUGGGCCUCUUUGUGGAGUUUAACCCUGAGGAGAUGCUGCUAGGGGUGGAGGAGACUGAAGAUGACGGGGACCUGGAGGCUGAGCUGCUUGCCCUUACUGGAGAAGCAGGGACCAAAAGCGGGAAGCCAGCACCCAAGGGGAAGGCCCCCCUGCCUAUGGCCCACAUCGAGAAGUUGGCUGAGGACUGUAUGCGGGAUGAGGAGGAGGAGGAGGAGGAGGAGGAAGGGCUGGAGGAAGAUGAAGACUUGCUGACUGAGUUGCAGGAAGUCCUGGGAGCAGAUGAGGAGGCAGAACGCUUGGAUGGUGAUGAGGCAGCCAUCCCAGGAGGCUCUGAGGAGGAAGAGGGCCAAGGAAACAGUGAGCCUCCAGGGCAGACAGCUCUGCUAACAGCUUCAGCCCCUGCAGCUCAGGCAGGCGGAUCUGCAGGACUGCAGGUGCUGCUGGAAGAUCGGAUCCGCAACUACCAGGAGGCCACAGCCACUGCCAAAGAGGCAAAUGAUGCAGCCAAAGCCAGGCGCUGUGAGCGGGGCCUGAAGACUCUGGAGUCUCAGCUCGCUGCUGUGAGGAAAGGCAAAAAGAUAAAUGAGGAUGAGAUUCCACCUCCAGUGGCAUUGGGCAAGAGGCAGUCAGGUCCCCAGGAAACAAUCAACAAGAGCCCUGAAGCUGACCCCAUAGUUCUGCCCACUAAGGAGCCAGACAAUGCCCCUGAAGUGGAGACAAGCCUCUUGGGCAGCACUGGCAUUUCUGCCUCACCCAGUUUAGACCAAGACCCACGGCCCUUGUUGUUGACUCGCCAGAAAGAAUACAAAGUAGCUGCCCUAAAUGCCAAGAGAGCUGGAGACAUAGAGCAUGCCCGAGAGCUCAUGAGGAUUGGGAAGAAAUUUGGUGCUGUCCUGGAGGCUCUGGAGCAGGGGCAACCUGUGGACCUGAGUGCCAUGCCCCCAGCCCCUGAGGACCUAAAGCCCCUCCUACAGACCUCCAAGGCUUCCUUAGCACCUUCAGUCAUAUCCCCAGCAGUGGAGCGAGUGCAGCCAGUGAUGACCCCUGACAUCCCAGCAACCCCAGUGCCCCCUUCUGAGCCACAGACGGUACUAGAUGCCCUGCAGCAAAGGCUGAAUAAGUACCGUGAGGCUGGUGUCCAAGCUCGGGGCAAUGGGGAUGAACGCAAGGCCCGAAUGCAUGAGCGCAUUGCCAAGCAAUACCAGGAUGCUAUUCGAGCACACCGAGCAGGACGGAAGGUUGACUUUGCUGAGCUGCCUGUUCCUCCAGGAUUCCCCCCGAUCCCUGGCCUGGAACCCACCACAGGCACUGAGGAGGAUGUGGUGGCAGCUACUUUAGCAGCCGCCCAAAAACUGGCCAACUCAGAGGAUACAGCUCCAGCAGAGGAAGAAGAGGAUGAGGAUGAGCCCCCAGCCCAGGCUCCAGUGGCCAAGAAGCCAGCACAGUCUCUGGUUCCAUCAGCUCGACCCCUGCCUGAGCCCAAAGCCUCAAGUUCUAAGGAGUCACUGAGUCCCUCUGCUCAAGAGCAGCUGGCUCUGCUAGAGGCACGGAAAUUGCAGUAUCAGCGGGCAGCCCUGAAAGCCAAGCGUGGCCAGGACCUGGAACGAGCCAAAGCCCAUCUGCGGGUGGCCAGAUGUCUAGAGGCUCAGAUUGUCCAGGUCCGAAGUGGCCGAUCUGUGGACCUUUCUAAGGUGCCUUCGCCCUUGACGGAUGAGGAGAGUGACUUCAUCCUUAUUCACCAUGAAGACCUGCGACUUUCCCAGAAGGCUGAGGAGGUGUAUGCCCAGCUACAAAAGAUGCUUCUGGAACAACAUGAGAAGUGUCUGCUGUUCUCCAAGCAGUUCAUGCACCAGGGCAACGUGGCUGAAACUACCCGGUUUGAAAAGCUUGCUCAGGAUCGCAAGAAACAGCUUGAGAUCCUGCAGUUGGCCCAGGCUCAGGGCCUUGACCCUCCUAACCACCACUUUGAGCUGAAGACGUUCCAGACCGUGAGGAUCUUCUCAGAACUCAACAGCACAGAAAUGCAUCUGAUCAUUGUCCGGGGAAUGAACCUCCCAGCCCCUCCAGGGGUGACCCCUGAUGACUUGGAUGCUUUUGUGCGGUUUGAGUUCCACUACCCUAACUCGGACCAGGCUCAAAAAAGUAAGACAGUUGUGGUGAAGAACACAAAUUCUCCAGAAUUUGAUCAGCUCUUCAAACUAAGCAUCAACCGAAACCACCGUGGCUUUAAGAGGGUGAUCCAAAGCAAAGGGAUGAAAUUUGAAAUCUUCCACAAGGGAUCCUUCUUCAGAAGUGACAAGCUGGUUGGCACAGCCCAUCUGAAACUAGAGCGGCUGGAGAAUGAGUGUGAGAUCCGAGAAAUUAUGGAGGUUCUGGAUGGAAGGAAGCCCACUGGGGGCAAACUGGAGGUGAAGGUUAGGCUGCGGGAGCCUCUGAGUGGCCAGGAUAUGCAGAUGGUCACUGAGAACUGGCUGGUCCUCGAACCGAGAGGCCUGUGAACUUAUGAUCGUCGUGGGAACAGGAUCAGCCAUAUCCACUGUCAGGAAUGUACUUUUCCCAGCUUUGCUGGGAAUAGAAGUUUUUGUAUGUAAGGGAGAUGCUGCUACACAAGCACCAAAGACCUCUGAAGUACGUGAAUUUCGGACCACAGCCUUGGUUUUGUCGCUGGCCCCUUCCAAGGUUCCCACCAAAGCAGGCUAGAUGCCAGGAUCCCCCCCUCCCCACUCCGGCAAAGGCCUCUGUGUCUGUACCGUGGUUAUUUACAGCCCUAUAAUACUUGUAGCAGUUGUGUGCAACUUAGCCCAGUUGUGCCAUUUUUGAAUGUGCCUUUAAAAGAUCUAACUGUAAGGAAUGGGAACAGUCAAGGGUGAGCUGGAGCCUUCCCCAUAAGUGGGGCAGGGUUCUGUGACUCUGCUUGGUCACUGGCAUCCCAUUCUGUACCUGAACAGCUCUGCUGUGCCUGUGCCUGUGCCUGUGCCUUGGUUCCUGACAGCUACUGCACUAGCUUCCCUGCUUCCCCCAAGCUCACAGGAGGACAGAAGUUGUGGGUAGUAAGGGCAAGGUUGUAUCUUGGGUUUGGUCUGUUCACCUAUGACUAAAAGAUUGUUAACUAGAGGGGGAAAUAUAUAUGUAUAUGAUUUUAUAUAACUUUUAUUUAUUGAAGAAAAUAGACCUGAUCCAUCUAGGGGUUUGUACUCUACACACAGGAGUACCAGCCAAAGUCCUGAAGUCUUGCUCCUGUCACAUAAAAAGUCGAAGUAGCAAUAACAUUUGUCAAAUGACAAAAAACCUGCUGCUGUGGCUUGAGACAGGGCAAGUGAAACCUUGUCUCUUCAGCUGAUCUUGGGAAUGCCUCAAACUUCUUUGGCUACACUUUCCUGAAUGGAUGGAAAUGAUGGCAGGAUUUGUAACUGGAAUAGAUUUGAUACUGACAUCUGCAGUAUUCUAUGUUUCUCAGAAAUAAACCUUAACAGCUCA